AUGGAGUCAGCAGCUGCAAGUCAAAGUAAAAUUAUCAAGCAAUUGAAGGAAGUGUACGGUCAAUAUACGAAGCUACCCGAAGAAAGGAAGACCGAAAAGUUAAUCCAAGACAAAUUGGAAAAAGUAGAGCAUCUAUGGGCAUUGUUUGAAAAAGGUGAUGAUGACAUCAGAGCCAAGUUCGAAAAAGAAAGAGGACAUUUAUAUUUCACAGAAGAGUGUUAUAAAAAUGUACAAGAAUAUUACAAAAAAAUCAAGACUGAAUUUGAUCAGAAAUUGCAAGACUUAAACCUAAACAAAGCAGGUGUUCUAGAAAUCAAAGAUGUUAUGCAAAAACCAGAGCAUGUUAUUGAGAAUCCAGAAUUACAAAAAUUAAUCUGGAUUUGUCAACGAAAACAGCAGCGAUUGAAUUACAUGUUACAAAAAAUUGUAAUUCAGAAUCAGCACGAUAACUAUUACAAGAACAAAUUAGACGAAAUAAAAAAUUUAUGGCAAGAAAUAAAAAAUGACGAUAUCGAAAUUGCUGGAAUGAUAAGAAAUCCAGAACAAGCUGGAUAUGACGUUGUAAAAGUACUUGAAUUGGAAGAAGAAGUGCAAGACAUGAUAAUAAGUUUACAAAAAAACGUCAAAUUACAACCUCAAGAUUCAGUAAGUCAAGUAAGCAAAGAGGUGACACCUAGCAUCAAACUUCCAAGUAUCGAUAUUCCGAAGUUUGAUGAAGCAGAGAGGUAUAUAAGACAUCUUACAAUAACAGAUGCAAAUUAUUCUGUAGCUUGGAAGUUAUUAGAAGAGAGAUACAAUAAUACAAGGUUACUAGUAACAAACAUUUUGGAUAAGUUAAUAGGACAACCAAGUAUUGUACCUGGGUCAAGUAAAUCAAUUAAAGGACUAUUUAACACAACACAAGAAUGUAUUAUGAUGUUAGAAAAUUUAGAAUUGGAAGUUUACAAUAAUUGGGAUCCAAUUCUAUUACAUAUUUUAAUGAAGAAACUUGACAAAGACACUCAUGUGCUAUAUGAGCAAUCUUUACAAUGUACCAAGGACCUACAGAGUCUACAAGAGUUUCUCACGUUUAUCCAAGCAAGAUUUCAAGCGCUAGAAGCUAUAGGUGAUAGUAGAGACAAGUCAACAAAACUCAAGAAAACGGCUUACGUAACAACAGGAGUAAUUUUGAAUAGUAACAGUGAAUGUUUAGUAUGUAAAGAGAAACAUUCAUUAUUUAACUGUUCAAAGUUUUUAGAAAUGACGCCCCAAGAAAAAGGCUUAUGUGUAAGGAAGCAUAAUUUAUGCACAAAUUGCUUUAAGAAAGGCCACUUUUGGAAAAAAUGUGUUUUGAGUAACUGUAGAAAAUGUCAGCAAAAGCACAACACAUUGAUUCAUGAUCUAUACAAAAAAGAAGUUAGUCAAGGUUCCACUACAAAACAACAAGCGACAGUAAAUAUAUCAAUGUCAGAGGUUGAACCUGAAAAAUAUGUAAUUUUGGGAACGGCAAUAGUUCAAGUACUUGAUAAGGCAAACAAUCCAGUCGAAUGUCGAGUAUUAUUAGACUCUGGUUCACAGGUAAACCUCAUCACGGAACGUCUUCAGAAAAAAUUAGGUUUGGAUGCAAUAGGGGAAAGUUUGGACAUUCAUGGUGUAGGAAACUGUCAAGUUCAAUCUAGAAGUCGACUGAAUGUGAAAAUUAUGUCAAAAACAAGUAUGUUUGAUACGAGCAUUGAGGCUAAUGUGAUAAGAUCAAUAACUACUUGUCAACCGCAAAAAUAUAUUGACAUAUCACAGUGGCCAAUACCAGCGUCAAUAAAGUUAGCUGAUCCACAAUUUAAUAGUCCGCAGAAAGUGGAUAUGCUACUCGGCGUUGAGAUGUAUGCAGAAUGUGUGAACGGGGGCCAAUUAAAACUGGGAGCAAAUUUACCGAUAUUACAAAAAACAGUAUUCGGCUGGAUGAUUCUUGGUAAAGUGACACAACAGAAUCAAACCAAUAAUUUUGUUGGAAUAACCAACAUUCAACUAAAUGAACAAUUAAAUAAGUUUUGGGAAAUUGAGAAAAUUCCAGAAAAGAGAAUCAUGAAUGCAUCAGAGAAAAGAUGUGAAGAAUAUUUCAAAAACACUGUGUAUAGAGAAGAAUCAGGACACUUUGUUGUAAGUCUACCAAUAACUAGUUCAGAUAGCUUAUUAGGAAAUUCAAAAAAUAUAGCAAUGCGAAGAUUUUUAAACUUGGAAGGCAAACUGUCAAAAAAUGUGAACCUAAGAAAUGAAUACAUUCAGUUCAUGAGGGAAUAUGCAGAAUUGAAACAUAUGGAAGAAGAAAGACAGGUGACAGUUCUAAUAAAUCAAGCUGUUCAAAAACAAGAACAACACCCACUUCAUUUAAUUGACCAUCAUAACUGCUUUAAAUUUCUUCAAAGAACUAUGGCAUACAUCUUACGAGCAAUAAAUACAUUUAAGAAUGGGACACAUAAGAAUGAUAAUAAAUGGCUCACAACAGAUGAGUUAAAUGAAGCCUUAUUAGAAAUAAUUAGAGGAGUUCAAAGAAAUCAUUUUCAAGAAGAACUCAAAGAUUUGAAAAAUAAAACAUUAGUAAGACCACAUAGUCGAUUGUCUUCACUAACACCAUUUAUCGAUUGCGAUGACAUCAUACGAGUAGGGGGAAGAUUAAACAACGCUGCAGUUAACGAAUAUGCAAAACAUCCUAUUGUGCUUCCAGGUACAGACAUUGUGUCAAAAUUACUUAUGAAUCACUUACACAUUCAACAUUUGCAUGCCGGACCGUUGGCAUUAUUAGCCAUUUCUAGACAGAGAUAUUGGAUUUUACAAGGCAGACAAUUGUCUAGAAUUGUUGUUAGUCAAUGUGUAUUAUGUGCAAGAGCCAAACCUCAAAUGUAUACGCAAUUAAUGGGAGAUUUACCAGAAGCUCGAGUUUUGCCAGAAAGAGCAUUUUGUAAUACAGGCGUCGAUUUUUGUGGGCCUAUAUUAACUCAUUUUCACGUACGAGGUAAAAAGCCCCAAAAAACUUAUAUAGCUGUAUUUUGUUGUUUUAGUACAAAGGCUAUACACAUGGAAGUAGUAUCAGACCUAACAACUGAUGGGUUUAUUGGAGCAUUAAAAAGCGCUAAGGGGAUACAGUUUCAUUUUGCUCCACCAAGAUCACCGCAUUUUUCUGGAUUGUGUGAAGCGGCAGUUAAAUCAGUUAAAACGCUGCUAAAAAGUAUUCUUGUGUCAGCUUCUCUAACAUUUGAGGAACUAUGUACAGUAACAGCUGAAGCAGAAGCCAUUUUGAACUCAAGACCACUGACACCACUUUCGUCAAAUCCGAAUGAUUUAUCAGUACUUACCCCAGGUCACUUUCUAAUAGGUGAACCAUUGACAUCACUUCAAGAACCAAAUAAAUCUACUCAAAAUCUGUCAUCAUUGUCAAGAUGGAAACUAAGCUACAACAAAGAUAUAAAUGGAAAACAUCAACAGAAAAUAUAA